UCCGCAUUUCCAGUUUUGUUGUGGCGAAGAUACGAUGGUUCUUCCGCCUUUGGAGCCUGCGCAUCCAGCUAUUGUCCGUCUCCUUCGCAGCAACACCGAAGAAGCAAGAGAUUUCCGUGAGCAGAUUCGCGCCUACAAUACGAAUCUGAGCUUUACUUCGGUGGGUGCUCACAUCACCAUGCUCCGACCACCGUCAAUGACCAAGCACAAUCCCCGAAGACGAUUGCAAGACUCGGUAUCCUGUAGCGAGUAGUCUAGGUGACCUAAAGACAAUCAUAGGUUACUUGUUAAGAUAUGCCAGCUGAUGGAAAAAAGUCGAGAUUCGGCAUGAGCAGACUCUCCCUGUCUUAACGUUGGGAAAUGCCGCGUUUUCAAUGACCCAAAGGGGAAAGGUUAGCGGCAUUUCCCAUAAAUCCGCUACAUUACUGAAAGCCGAGAGAAAUGGCAAGCUAGUGGUUCUCGGCAUUGAUGAGUAUAACACAUCCAAAGUUUGCUCACAUUGCGGCACCAAAACACUCAAACAGAUCAGAAGCCGCCAAACAAACACUUCGCUGUUCAAGGUUCUUCAAUGCAGUUCAUGUCACAAGAUUUGGGAUCGAGACAUCAAUGCUAGCAGAAACAUACUGUUCCUCGCUCUUGCUGGCAUCUUUGGAAACGAAAGACCAGCUGUAUUCAUCCGAAGCAAUGACGAUGAAGAAUAGUAAAAACAAUUUACCCCUUGUGCCUAAUAUUGUUUCGUGUUUGCUGAUGCCAAGCAGGUGCCCAUUUAUCCUUUUUUUUAUUUUUUUAACCAAUACGUAGAUUAUUUUUCUCUACGUUUUUUUUUACCUAUUUUCCUUUCUUACAAUUUUUACGCCUCCUGAAAAAAAGGAAGGCGAUAAGCAUUUUAACAUAAAUGUUAACUAUAAAAGAAAUCUCUCAACUUAAAAUCAGGUGGCAGAUACAGGUAAUGUAAUUCAUCUCAGCAAUUUCCAUUUUUCG